CCUUUUUUCUUUCCUAACUGGAAGUCUGGUCCUUUUGGCUUCAGUGCCAGCUAGCUGACGCAAGUGACCUGUAACUCCUGAAUAUGUUCUCUGAAAUGGAAAACCUAGCUAGGAAAAGAAAUAAGUUUGUGCUCAAUUGAUAGAUUAAAAAAGACAAUUGGGUAGGGCUACCGUUUUUUAAGCGUUAAGAAACUUGUGGCCAGCCCUUCACAGAUACUUAAUAAUUUAGCCAGCUUCUACAUCCUACAGGAACCUGAUGCUUCACCUUUGGGUUUCUUUGCUCACAAAACGUUAUUUCAUGUGUAUUAGAAUUAGGUUGGUUUAGGAAAAGAAGCCAGUUUGAGUGGGGGUGUGUGGGGGACACAUGGUGCUUGCAGGUGAACAAGAGGCUGAAUUAGGCUGGAAAAAAAAAAAAAGAACAGACUUGAUGCAGGAAAGAAAGGAUGGGUAUAUAGUGUUUAUUUGUUGGUUAUUGAUACACAUGAGGUUGACUAUCUGAGGUAACAAUCCCAUUUUUCAAAUGCAGAAUUGUUCAUUUUUAGGAAUAUGCUGAGACAUCUCUGUGGCAGAACAGAGUGUUUUCAACUUCUGGUAAACUUUCUGAGUUUCCUGAAGCGUUCUGUGUCAUUAAGUCCUCUCAGAUGGAGAACCACGGGUUUUGGUAGAUGCUAACAACUGUUGCAGGUCUAUCCACCCAGGUAGUUAGAGAUUCUCUAGCAUUUCGUUUGACUGCCAACCAAAUCUUUAAACCUCAAAAUAGUUAUACUUUCCUUUAUCCCUUCACAACAACCUGUGUAUCCUCUGGCUUAGCCAUAAAGCAUGCAGUAAGUGUUAGGAAAGUUGAGGGGAAACCAAUUGCAAAGCAGCUUUCCAGAUGAAGAAUAAAUUCUCUUUCUGUAAGAGAAAACGUAAGGGAGAGGGAAAAUCCGAAGUAGUUGCUGAACCUGGGUUUGAAAGCUCAUCAGGAGCCCGGCUUGCUUUAGGUGUCAGGAAAACUAGGCUCAUGUAGUUAGCUUUGAUCCUCAGCAAGAUCUGUGCGGUGCUGUCCUGUCAGUGCUGCAAAGCCUUCAUACUGAAGAACUUUGCAUGAGGAGUUCUCUGGAUUUAGCCCAAAGAGAAGCAGCAAAUUCAGCACUCUGGCCAUUGGUUUAGUCUGAGAUUGUGCUGAGCUGGUGCAGGACACACUCAAGUCGGUUUCCUUCUCGUUGGGAGGAAGAACUGGAUUCUGUUCCAGUUACAGGUUCAGAGUGCUGGUGUAAAUGUUAUUCUGGCUGGAAACCUGGUUACUUGUUGCUGUGUUAAAAAGAAAUACUUUUCUUCUUGUUUUUCAACAUUACCAGACUAGUGUGCUUUCUACAAGUUGUAUAUUUUGUUUUUGUUUUCUUGCUGCUCCAGGAAGAACAGAACAGCCAUUUGUUUAUUACUUUGAGCUUGGAUUUUAUUGAGAGACACAAUGGAAGCAGAGCGUGUCACUUUGUCACCAACCAACAUGCACUGUUAUUCUCAUACACUGCUGUGUCCUAAGCCUGACCAAAAAAAAAAAAAAAGAAAAAAGCUACUGUGGUAAAAUUAGGAACUGUGAUAUUUUAUUUGGGCUGGCAUGAAGAUGAAGGAAGUAGUGAGAGGAAUGCAACUAUUUGAAGAAUUUCCUGCUGUGUGUCUAUGGAGCUGUAGAGCAUAUUUGCUACCUGUCCCAAAGAGCACGUUUUUGUUCACUGUCAGCAGUGCUUGGGUACUAGAAAGAUUCGGAUAAUUUGGAGCCAGCCAUUUUAGUGCAAAAGAAAACUUUCACUUUCACAAUAGCUACGUUUUAAUACGAAACUGUCUGUGAUAGUGCUUCACUUAAACCUUACGCUGGGGAGAGCUGUUCAAGAAACCUCCUCAGCCUGAGCCAACUGAUCAUAACCAGCCAAGAUGCCCAUCAGGGUUGAUGAUGUGAUGCAGCUGCUGUGCCGUGUUUCCCAGGAGAAGGGAAUGAAAGCUGCUGUGAAACACUCUGGUCGAGGAGCACUGGUGGCGGGUGCAACAGCGUUUCUUGGGGGCUUGAUGGGAGGCCCACCUGGUAUCGCUGUAGGAGGAGCACUUGGUGGAUUGCUUGGUGCCUGGAUGAAUAGUGGACAGUUCAGGCCAGUCCCUCAGAUAUUACUGGAAUUGCCUCCUACUGAACAGCAGAAACUCUAUGAUGAAGCAAUGGCUAUUCUCAAGCGCUUAGACUGGACAGAUGUUGUUCAGCUGACUGCUCUCGUAAUGGGAAAUGCUAGUCUCCAGCAGAAGUUGGCAGGAGUGGUGAUGAAUUACCUCUCCAGAGAGCUAAGAGCAGAGAUACAGUAUGGAGAAUAAACCUUUCCAGAUCAGGUUUUUACAUUGUAAUGAAUUCUACUCUGGCAAUUGUGAUUCUUCAACGUAGUAAUUAUUAAUUAUAAUUAUUAAUUAUGAAGUUAGGCAGAUCUAAGUAUCUUUUUCCUUUUUUUUUUUUGUUUGUUGUUUGUGAAACUAAUCUUUUUUAUUAUCCUGUUAUGUAAUUAUGACUUGCCAUGUAAUUUUGAAUUAAUGUGCACCGGAAUUGAGUUCAAAAUCACUGAAGGGGGAGUUACACUUCUCAAAUGGUAAUGUAGCACUAGGUUAAAAAAAAAAGUCACUGUAUUUUAUUCAGGAGAUGUAAAGCAUUUCCACAAACAGGAUUACAUUUCUUCUGUAAUAGCCCAUAGGUGCCAAAGUAGCUAAGGAACACUGAAUAAUUUUAUCUUUUGAGUCCUACAAAGGAGAGUUAUGAGAAAGUACUUCUACUGUGAAUUCAAAAAUUUCAAGCCUUUAUUUUUUGAGAUAUUUUUUCUUGAGUAUUCCUUUUUGGAAGAAGUGAAGCCAAUACCUAAAGAGACAAAGCAACAGGAAACUACUGUACAUAAUUAGUUGUUCCUGGUGUCCUAGAAUGGGAAGGUAUGGCAAGAAGACUAUUAAAAGGGGAGGGGGGGAAAUCUGCCAUUUUUAUACUAUCUCUAGUAUUAGCUUGUCAUUUUAGCAUCGAUUUCCCACCUGAAUCUGAAUCAUUAAAAAUAUUCCUAAGCAUCA